AUGAACUAUGGACUUUCAACUAAGUCAACACGAUUAUUGGCAUACCAGUUUGAUGUAAAAAAUAAUAAGAUUUGCCUUUCAUCAUGGAUCAAGAAUAAAAUUGCAGGGAUUGAUUGGUUGCAAGGUUUUAUGAAAAGACAACCAGAGUUGUCUUUACGAACACCUGAAGCAACUAGCUUUGCUCGAUCAACUGCCUUUAACCGACACACUGUUGGAGAAUUUUUCCAAAAUGUAGAAACAGCAAGAAUCACAUCUGCAGAGCAAGGAACAUUAGUAACUGUAUGUUGUGCUUCAAAUGCAAUUGGAAACUCUAUUCCUCCACUAUUUGUUUUUCUUAGGGUCAAAUUUCAUGAUUACAUGAUAAAGGAAGGUCCUCCUGGAUGCGUGGGAUUUGCAAAUCCUUCUGGUUGGAUGAGUUCAGACAUUUUUAUAGAAUGGAUAAAACAUUUUGUGAGGUAUUCAAACUGUUCUCAUGAGUCUCCAGUUUUGUCACUUCUGGACAGCCAUAAAAGUCAUAUUUCUGUUAGAGCUUGUUAUUUCUGUUUGGAUCUUGCAAUUCAACAUGGAAUUACAAUGCUAAGUUUUCCUCCCCAUUUUACCCAUAAAUUGCAACCAUUGGAUAGAAUUGUUUUUGGACCAUUGAAAAGGUUUUACAAUGCUGCGUGUGAUAAUUGGAUGGUCACAAAUCCAAGACCUAUGACCAUUUAUGAUAUUGCUUCAAUAGUUCGCGAACCAUAUACAAAAGCUUUCUCACUAUCUAAUAUACAGAGAGGAUUUCAAGUAGCUGGCAUUGAGCCAUUUAAUCCAGAAAUUUUUAAAGAUGAUGAAUAUUUACUAUCAUCAGUUACAGAUCGUGCUGCUCCAAAUGUAGUAAACAAUUCUUGUGAAACCUGA